AUACAUAUUUAUUGCCGCUGGUAUUCACUAUGCACUAUAUUUUAAGAAUAAAGAUAUAUAUUAUACUCCUCUGCCACUAUACCACACAGCUGGCGGUGUUAUGAGUAUGGGACAAGCGUUGCUGUUUGGCUCAACCGUCGCCAUCCGAAAGAAGUUCUCAGCAUCUGGUUACUUUGCUGACUGCGUUCGAUUUAAUUGCACGAUUGCGCAAUACAUUGGGGAAAUGGCACGUUACAUACUGGCUACACCUCCAUGUGAGCACGAUCGCAAGCAUAAAAUUCGUAUGGUCUUUGGCAACGGCUUGCGGCCGCAAAUUUGGCCUCGUUUUGUCGAACGAUUUAAUAUUCCCAAGGUCGGCGAGUUCUACGGUGCCACAGAGGGUAAUGCCAAUAUUAUGAACAAUGACAAUACUGUCGGUGCCAUUGGUUUUAUUUCCCGUAUUAUACCACAAAUUUAUCCCAUCUCUAUAAUAAAAGCUGACCCGGAUACUGGUGAGCCCAUACGUGGCGAAGAUGGACUGUGUCAACGUUGUGAAGCCGGCGAAUGUGGAGUAUUUAUUGGCAAAAUCAUCAAAGGCAAUCCUUCUCGGGAAUUUCUCGGAUAUGCCGAUGAGAGGGCUUCAACAAAGAAAAUUGCGCAUGACGUAUUCAAAAAGGGGGAUAUGGCAUUCCUCUCGGGCGAUUUGUUGACGUCCGAUGAACGAGGUUACCUUUUCUUUAUGGAUCGCACGGGCGACACAUUUCGUUGGAAGGGAGAGAACGUAUCCACUAGUGAGGUGGAGGCACAAGUGAGUAAUGUUGCCAGCUAUAAAGAUACAAUUGUUUAUGGUGUUGCGAUACCAAACACGGAAGGACGUGCCGGAAUGGCAGCCAUAUACGAUCCAGAGCGGGAAGUAGACCUUGCACGUUUCACACAGGAUAUAGCAAAAGUAC